AUGCAUCUUCGAUCUGCCGCGCUCGGUGCCUUUGUGGCUGCCCUCUACGCAAGCUGCAUCAUGAGAUCUACUGCCACCGCCACGAUACCUGAACCGGUGACUGCUAUUCAAUCUCUGAGUGAAUCCCAGCCCGCCGACAGACGCUACCUACGCGCACGCACCGCAGUCGACGCUCAUGACGGCAAGGAAGAGAGAGGGUGGUUCACCCCCAAGCUUUCUGCAGGGGCAGAAAAGCUAACCAAAAAGCAGCUGAAGGGCAUGGUGGAUAAAUAUGUGAGACCCCGAGUUUUACAAUAA